AUGAAAUCUGGCCGGGCGAACACAUGCAACACGCUGCCGUACCAGGCGAGGCAGCGGAGCUGAGCCUGGGACAAGCUGUGGAGGUGGCUGCAGGAUGCUGAGAUGGAUGGGAAGCGGCACCAGGUGCAGGUGCAGGUGGUUUGCCAGGUGGAGAACAGCAUCGAGAAGAUGCAGAUGAAAGUCCACACUGGACAGAAGGUCACCACCCUGUACCUGGCAGUGCGGGAUGCCCUGAGGAAGGAGCUGGCCCACCUGCCUCCGCACCACCUCCUGUGCAGGAUGGCUGAGCUGUACCAUGGGGAGCUGGAAGAAAUGGGGCUUAUGGCCUUCGAUGCUCUCAAAGCUGCUGAUGUGACCAAGGAGGACAUGGCCAAGAUGAAAACCCAGUUCCUUGCAGAGAGAGAGCUCAGGUACUGCUCCCUGGCCGCCCAGAAGGUGCACAGUGACAGGCUUUGGAUCAAGGAAGCAAGUGAAAGGCAUCUGAGAGAGCAAGCCAGGUACGAGCUCGCUAUGGACUUCCUGACCCUGCACCCACAGGACCUGCUGGUAGGCACCAAACUGGAGGCCACCAAGUCCCAGGCAGAGUGCGAGGCCCGGGUGACCGAGAAGAUGGAGAAGGCCAAGGUGGUGGUGCAGUGCUCCUGCCUCCAGGACAUCCUGGUGCAGCAGAAGUCCUCGGUGGACCUGGAGCAGUAUGUCAAGGAAUGUGAGGAGAAGAAGCAGGCACUGAAGGAGGUGCUGAAGGAGCUAGAGUUGAAGCAGGCUGAGCUGACGUUUCUCCAGCCCCCCAACACAACCAGGAUGCGGGAGAAGGAGCUGAGGAUGAACCUGCAGUGGGAAGGGGCACAGCUGGAGCAGGUGCGAGCCCAGGUGCUGAGGAAUCACGAGCUCCUGCUCCAGUUUGAAAUCUGUGUUGACAACCUCUUCGUCCAUCUGCAUGGCAUCACUGGCCAGCUGCCUGGCGCGGUGACAGUUGGUGCAGCCACCAUCACCCCAAGGGGCUCAUUUUCCCCACCAAAUUUGUUCUCUCUGUUACUCCAGGAUGAUUCUGUCAAGGCCAGGGGGGUGGAGAAGCUCCAACAGUGCCAGCAGAAGCUCUGGGAGGAUGGAGGUGGCCCCAGGGAAAAGCCAUGGAGCAGCUCAGCUGCAGGUGACACCGGGCACUGCGAGGCUUUUUUGAUGGUCAGAAAUUUUCAGGAGGAAACAACUGCAAAUGAGCUGCAGAACCUGAAGAUUUCCUUGGAGGACAUAGGCAGUAGGGUGGAAGAUAGGAGAACACAGCAACUGUCCCAGCCCCUGCCAGCUGCGACUUCGGGGCAUCCUUGCCUGUCUCCUACUGUCCCAGCAGACCCCAACCC